GCGCCUCGGUGGCCCUCGCCGGACUGCUGUAAAUUGAUAAUAACCCAUAGUGGGUCCGGGCUGCGGCCGUGCCGGUGAACGCGGCCUCGAGAGCCCCUCACGGGAGUAUCGCCCGGAGCCCGUCAGGUCCCGCAGGGCGCUUCCCGCCCCGUCCGCCGUGCUUCCCGCGCUGUCCCUGAGGUCGGGCCCGUGGCCUGGCGACGAAUGACUUCCGAAAUUUUUUCUCCAGUGGCUGACUUCACUUCUAAACCAUAUCCAAAAGUUUCUCCCCUUGCAGCCACACUCGGGAUAGCCCACAGAACGUGUCUGAAGAUAAGCUCCUCCUGCCCUGCUUUUGAGCUUCCCCUUAACCCACAACAGCUCCUCCACAGCAGCGCAGCACGGAUAAAAGGAAAUUAUUACAAUCAAGGAGAGAUUCGUAAGAAAGAGCUGGAACAGAGUUGUUGUGUCCUGGGGAUUCCUGCUUCUGAUGUCACAGUCAUUGAUCACAGGGAUCUUCCGGAUAGUCCUGCUGUGGAGUGGGACACACAGCUCCUCGCCACCCUUGUCCUGAAGCACAUAGCAGCCAAGGACAUCAACCUGGUGGUGACAUUUGAUGCGGGAGGAGUGAGUGGCCAUGCCAACCACAUCUCUCUUCACACUGCUGUGAGGGUCAUUUGCUUACGCUUCUUGAUGGAAGUGCCAUCGCCAUUCCCAUCCCCCAUAGUGCUCCUGUCGUUCUGUUUUGCUACAGAGACUCCCCAGGACAAAGUCAUGAAGGGAUCAAAGUCUUGGUACCUGCAUUCAGAGGGGAAGUUACCUGAAGGGUGCCGUGUGCUCGUGCUGGAAUCAGUGAAUCUCUUCAGGAAGUACAUUUCCUUCCUGGAUGUCCUCAUUUCCUGCCUCCUGCCCAGGGAUGCACUCUUCAUCCUCACAGAGGAGGAGACUGAACAAGCCAAGAGAGCCAUGCGGUGCCAUCGCAGCCAACUCCUCUGGUUCCGCCAGCUCUACCUGCUCUUCUCUCGUUACCUGGUGGUCAAUUCACUGCGCCUGCUCUGACAGGACAUCACUCACAGCUCCAGGAGUAAAAGAAUGAGCAAAAAAAGACUGUGCCAGGCCCAGGACGCCAGAAAACUCCUAUGCUAGGUGCUCAAGAGGACAGGGUACUCUUUGUGUGGCAUUCUUCACACUACAAAGCCCAGGCUGGGUGAACUUUCUCCCGAAUACCUUGUUGCCUGAUACAUUGAGAACAAGGUUAACAGCUACUCUUAUUUUCUCACCAUAGAAGCUUAAAUAAAGUGAGAAAUUCGGAUUAACUUUAAUUGGGAGUCAAGCCCAGGAGGAUUCUGCAUUGGAGAAGAUACGGCACAAACUCUUUCCCCAAGAAGAUACAGCUGCAAGGACUGCUUGGCAACUAUCUCUCGGUGCCUUUGUAAAAUCCAGGUAUCAGGAGUAACUUUUCAAAGAUCAUGCUAUUUCCACAGAUACCACAACCACAGCACCUUUGUUAUUCAGUGAGAACUUUAAAAAGCCAAAGCUUUUGAAUAAAACAUCAGAAAUCAUGCAA